AUGUCACGACCAGUGGACUUGUCAUUCCCUAUGGUGGCAUCUCCCCCGAUCUCCAACCUGUAUCCCAACGACAAAGUUUACACGUUCAAAUUCGACCUCGACAAGAAUGAGCCCCUUCAAAUGGUUCAAUUGACGGUUGUGGAAAACGCCCGCUGCCCACAGCUGAAUGGGAUUGUCGACAGCAAUUUUUGCGUGGAUGCAAGGGGAGCUGGCAUGGAGCCCGGCUGUUCAGGUGGACCGGUCAUACUGGCGUCGGUAUCGCCGGUGGUCGACAUCGAAGUGGGGACUCCCGAGAAUGACGUGAUAGCGGGCGUCGUUUCGUACACGAACUACUCCGACAUUGAAAACAGCGGCGUUGUGUGCGUCAUUGCAAGCGAAGUGCACGCAUGGAUUCAAAACGUCACUGCUUCUCGAGAGCAUGAGCCUGAUCAGUCGACUGCCGUUCGCAUCCGUGUGGAGGGAAUCUGUCUUGGCGUUGGCACUACGGUGCUUGCGGUGGCAGUGGCUGUUCUGGUAGUGUUGCCCAGGGUUGCUGCGCGUCGAAACAGAAAUCCAGAGGAUUUCGUCGACUCAAGUGGAGUGGGAAGCUUCCCAGGCCUUGGAACAGUCAUGGAGAGUCACGUGCACCAGCUUGGCUGGAAGGAAACGCUCACGUCGCAAGAGCUACGAGAAGCGACCUGCGCCCCCCCACUGCCACAGCAAUACGUGCCACGAUCCGGGCCUGUGAAGGAAAUCGUGGCCAACUUAAUCCAGACAACUGAUCAGUUGUCUGGAUUGGAGCGUCGCGAAGGGAGCCUAAGGAUUCGGCUGAGCAUCGAAGGACUGGGCGGCAUUGGGAAGACGGUGCUCGCCACAGCCGCUGUCCAAGACGUCCAAGUCCAGGCCGCAUUCAAGGACGGGAUUUUUUGGGUUUCCUGUCGACAGUACGGGAGCCCAUCAGGGAGGGGCGCCCUCCCCCUGCUGCAAGAAAUCCGCCGGCGCGUGCUGAGUCUCUACAGAGGCCAGACAUUCCCGUUCGGGACCAGUGAGACGCUCGGCGACGGUGACUGGCUGGCUGCCAUCAACGACUUGUUCCGCGGCAGGGACUGCCUUGUCGUCCUCGACGACCUGCGCAGCAAGGAGCUCCUGGACGAGGUGGAGGACCUGGACUGUGAGCUGCUGGUCACGUCGCAGCUGUGGCGCCUGAUUGAGGACGCCCCACACAAAACGUGCCUGCAAGUGGGGCCGCUUGCGGGGGAGGAGUCCCGCCGCCUGCUGGAAAACGUGGCGGGCAACGGCGUGCACCGCCAGGAGGCUGGGCAGCUCGUGGCGUCCUGCGGGGGCCACCCAUUGGCCCUGGUGAUCCUCGGGCUGCGCCUGUGCGAGGUUUUGGACAGGGACAGACUCAGGAUGAGGUCCACGGUGGGCGCCUUUUUCGGGACACUGUCCGACCCCGUGUGCAAGUUCCGGGUGCGCAUGCCGCCGAACGCCGACUGCCUCAACCCCGAAGACAGGGAGCGCCACUGGACGCUCAUGCGCUGCUUCGACUUUGCGCUGGACGCUCUGGACAGGGAGGAGCGGGAGUGCUACAUCCUGUUGGCCGCCCUGGAACCUGGGGCCCACGCCACGUCGCCGUCGCUGCGCACGCUGUGGGACAUGGGGAGCAUGGAGAAGGCGGAGAGGAUGAUUUUCGUGCUGCGAAUGCACUGCCUGCUGCAGCCUCGGCGGCGUGAGCGCGGCAGGCCCUGGGCCUGGGGACUGCAGCCGCUGCAGCACGACCACGUCAGGGCGAUCUCAAUGUCGAACUCUCAGCGCAGGAAGCUGCUGGAAGACAGGCUCAGAGGCUGGCACUGCUACUAA